CCGACUUGUCGCACGAUGCCUUUUAUUGGGUCUCUGGCGCAAGAUCCAAGGGUUGGGUUUAUGACCGAUGUCCUCCUCACGUCGCUGAAUAAAAAGCGCCCAAUGCUGAAGCUUGAGGCGCAUAAAAGCAGCAGCGUUCACUCAACGGAUACCAGUCGCAGCAAGAUCACUUUCAGGAUGGUAGCCCAGCUUGGUGUCAUGCUCUCCUCGGUAGCCCUGGUGGCCCUGUCCCUGGUGUCGCUGUGCAGCGCACGGGCGAUCUUCGGAUGUCCGCCCGUGGACGACAAGAACUCUAACGCCACUUUGAUCGCCAACCCGCUCAACUGCUCCACCUUCUUCUUGUGCCAACAGGGACUUCCCGUGCUGAUGGAGUGUCCAGAAAACCUGCAAUUCAACGACGCUCUCAAGGUUUGCGACUAUGCGUUCAGAGCCAACUGCGUGCAGCUCUACCCAACAUUCCCCAAAGAAGAACCUGCGCCCACCGAAGUCGCCACUGAAAAGAUUGUGGUUAAGAAGACAGUCAAGGAGGUGGUGCGGCCAGUAGUCGAAGACGAUGCCCCUGUCAAUGUAAAGAGCGAAGUGACCGAGGUCGAAGACGAAGUGCCCGCCUCCGUUGAUGCGGGGGACGUCACGCAGGCAGCCGUCGUGGACACCGACGUCGACGUUGACGUGAACUCGGUCGUGAAACCCGUUGAAGGCACCGUCACCGAGGCAGCGGCGCGGGAGGUUGUGGGAAACGUGGCUGACGUAAACGUCGAUGUUAACCAGGUGGUGUUGUGAAGCUAUCAGAGGAACUUCAAAGACUUUGCCUCUUGGUGGAAACGUGCGUGGGACUCGAGAGGAAGGAUUCGUUGGAAUAAUCCGUUCUGCAGACUCAUUCAUUCAGGACUUGACGCGAUGACUGCGCAUCUUCAAAAUUACAGAUUGACGGCACUGUGAAAGGAAUAAACAAAGUCAACUGGA